AUGCAGAGCACUUCUAAUCAUCUGUGGCUUUUAUCUGAUAUUUUAGGCCAAGGAGCUACUGCAAAUGUCUUUCGUGGAAGACAGAAGAAAACUGGUGAUUUAUUUGCUAUCAAAGUAUUUAAUAAUAUAAGCUUCCUUCGACCAGUAGAUGUUCAAAUGAGAGAAUUUGAAGUGCUGAAAAAGCUCAACCACAAGAAUAUUGUAAAAUUAUUUGCAAUUGAAGAGGAGACAACUACAAGACAUAAAGUACUUAUUAUGGAAUUUUGCCCAUGUGGAAGUUUAUACACUGUUUUAGAAGAGCCUUCUAAUGCCUAUGGACUACCAGAGUCUGAAUUUUUAAUUGUUUUGCGAGAUGUGGUGGGUGGAAUGAAUCAUCUCCGAGAGAAUGGUAUAGUUCACCGUGAUAUCAAGCCAGGAAACAUCAUGCGUGUUAUAGGGGAAGAUGGACAGUCUGUGUAUAAACUCACAGAUUUUGGUGCAGCUAGAGAAUUAGAAGAUGAUGAACAGUUUGUUUCUCUAUAUGGCACAGAAGAAUAUUUGCAUCCUGACAUGUAUGAAAGAGCAGUGUUAAGGAAAGAUCACCAGAAGAAAUAUGGAGCAACAGUAGAUCUUUGGAGCAUCGGGGUAACAUUUUACCAUGCAGCUACUGGAUCCCUGCCAUUUAGACCAUUUGAAGGGCCUCGUAGGAAUAAAGAAGUGAUGUACAAAAUAAUUACUGGGAAGCCUUCUGGUGCAAUAUCUGGAGUGCAGAAAGCAGAAAAUGGACCGAUUGACUGGAGUGGAGAUAUGCCUAUCUCUUGUAGUCUUUCCAGGGGUCUGCAAGUUCUACUUACCCCUGUUCUUGCAAACAUCCUUGAAGCAGAUCAGGAAAAGUGUUGGGGUUUUGAUCAGUUUUUUGCAGAAACUAGUGAUAUACUUCACCGAAUGAUAAUUCAUGUUUUUUCGCUACAACAAAUGACAGCUCAUAAAAUUUAUAUUCACAGCUAUAAUACUGCAACUGUAUUUCAUGAACUGUUAUAUAAACAAACAAAAAUUACUUCUUCAAAUCAAGAACUUAUCUAUGAAGGACGCCGCUUAAUUCUAGAACCUGGAAGACUGGCACAACAUUUCCCUAAAACAACUGAGGGAAAUCCCAUCUUUUUAGUAAGCCGGGAACCUUUGAGCACUAUAGGAUUAAUAUAUGAAAAAAUUUCUCUCCCCAAAGUGCAUCCACGUUAUGAUUUAGAUGGGGAUGCUAGCAUGGCUAAGGCAAUGACUGGGGUUGUGUGUUACGCCUGUAGAGUCGCCAGUAGCCUCUUGCUUUACCAGGAAUUAGUCCGAAAGGGAAUACGAUGGUUGACUGAAUUAAUUAAAGAUGAUUACAAUGAAGCUGUUCACAAAAAGACAGAAGUUGUGAUUACAUUGGAAUUCUGCAUCAGAAACAUUGAAAAAACUGUCAAAGUAUAUGAAAAGUUGAUGCAGAUCAAUUUAGAAGCAGCAGAGCUAGGUGAGAUUUCAGAUAUACACACCAAAUUGUUGAGACUUUCCAGUUCUCAGGGAACAAUAGACACCAGUCUUCAAGAUAUUGAAGGUAAAUUGUCUCCAGGUGGAUUGCUGUCAGAUACAUGGGCACAUCAAGAAGGCACUCAUCCGAAAGAUAGAAAUGUAGAAAAGCUACAAGUACUGCUAAAUUGCAUCACAGAGAUUUACUAUCAGUUCAAAAAAGACAAAGCAGAACGUAGACUAGCUUACAAUGAAGAACAAAUUCACAAAUUUGAUAAGCAAAAACUCUAUUAUCAUGCAAUAAAAGCUAUGACCCACUUUACUGAUGAAUGUGUUAAGAAGUAUGAAGCAUUUUUUGAAAAGUCAGAAGAAUGGAUGAGAAAGAUGCUUCAUCUAAGGAAACAGUUGUUAUCACUAACUAAUCAGUGUUUUGAUAUUGAAGAAGAAGUAUCGAAGUAUCAAGACUACACUAAUGAGUUACAAGAAACUUUGCCUCAGAAAAUGUUUGCAGCUUCCAGUGGAAUCAAGCAUACCAUGCCCCCAAUUUAUCCAAGUUCUAACACGUUAGUGGAAAUGACUCUUGGUAUGAAGAAAUUAAAGGAAGAGAUGGAAGGUGUGGUUAAAGAACUUGCUGAAAAUAAUCAUAUUUUAGAGAGGUUUGGCUCUUUGACCAUGGAUGGGGGCCUUCGCAAUGUUGACUGUCUUUAGUAAGAAAUUUGAGAAAAAUUUCC